AUGAAUACAUUUGGCAAAAACUUCGAAGCUCCUGGUCUUCAGUCAGCGGAUAUCAAUAACGGCACGAUGGACGUCAUAGAGCUGGAAGUGUACAUAGUUACAGACGGCAUGAGGUACAAGACGGUGGAGACACAGACGGAACAAAGCUUGCUUGAGACCUCAAAGUGCUGGAGGAAAACACCGGACUGGAACCAGCAGCUUGCCGAGUCUUUGUGUAAAGAGCUGGGGUCCUACAAAUGCCCGGUGGAAUCGAAUUCCGGCGAUGUUCGCAUCCUCUUGUUAGGGCCGGUAGGCUCAGGAAAGUCCGGCUUCGUUAACACCGUCCAGUCGGCUUUUUUCCGGACGGCUCCGGCAGCUAGCGCCAGUUGGAAACGGCGAGCAAAGUAUUACCACACAGAAAGCGCUCAGUUCAAGCCCUACAGGCUAAGGACAAGGUCAGGCGGCUAUCCAAACAUCCGACUGUGUGACAUCCCGGGGAUGACGCGGAGGCUUGGUUUCGACAUCACGGAACUGGGAUUCCUUCUGGAUGGCAAUGUUCCGGAGCAGUACACAUUCAAUCCGUGCGUGCAAUUCACGACCCGAAGCCCGGGUUUUGUGCACAAGCCUCCACGUGGCCGAGAGGUUCACUGUGUGGCCCUGGUGGUUGAUACAUCACCGGAUAUGGAGACUGAGUCUGCUCAUUGGCUGAAGACAUUCACACGCCUCGUCUAUAAGAGAGGUAAAAAAUGCUCCAUAUAA